AUGGUAAGGAUAAAUUUGAGUUCUUCUGUUGGAUAUAAUAUAAAACGUUCUUUCUCAUGUCUUCCGAAAUCAAGAUCGUCUUCGUUAUACAAUGUGGCAAUCAAAUAUCGUUCAUUUAAUAAAGGGGAGCGAAAGACAAGGAGCUUUCACAGUUCAAGCAGGUCAUUAAUUGAUUUCGAUCCUUAUAAGACUUUGGGAGUGGAAAAGAGUUCUUCAGCAAAGGAUAUAAAGAAUGCCUAUUACAAGUUAGUUAAAAAGUAUCACCCUGAUGUUAAUAAGGAAAAAGAUUCUGAAAAAAGGUUUCAUAAGAUCCAAGAAUCAUAUGAAUUAUUGAGUGACAAAGAGAAGAGAGCACAAUAUGACCAAUAUGGGGCUAGUGCAUUUGAUGCAAACGGUAAUUCAAACCCAUACGCUGGUGGUAAUCCAUUUGGAGGGCCUAAUGGUGGAAAUCCUUUUGGUGGUCAAGGGAACCCCUUCGGAGGAAUGGGCUUCGAUUUUGAAGACCUAUUCAAGCAGGCUUUUGCAGGUGGAGGCGGAGGAGCUGGUGGCAGAGGUGGACUGUUUGUUACCGAACAUGUAGGUGACAACAUUGAAGUGUUGAAGAGUAUAUCAUUCAAGGAAGCCAUAUUUGGUAAGAAAGUUCUGAUUAAUUAUAAAGCUGUGGAUUCCUGCGGUACUUGUAGCGGCAGUGGGAUGAAGAAGGGCAAAAAGAAAGCAACUUGCCCAACUUGUCAUGGAACAGGUCAAAGUACACAUAUUAUGGGUGGAUUCCAUAUGUCUUCUACUUGUAACACAUGCCAUGGAAGCGGUGUUGUAAUCCCUAAGAGUGAUCAAUGUGGAAGUUGCCAUGGAACAGGUGUCGAAGAGGUGCCUAAAUCUACUAACGUUGAUUUACCUUGUGGGAUAGCUGACGGUACCAGAUUAAGAAUUCCUGGCGGUGGUGAUGCUCCAUUUAUCACAAAGGACCCUUAUAACCAAACUAGAAAUGGUGAUUUGAUCAUAAGAGUACAUGUUGCUAAAGAUCCUGUGUUCUCGAGGCAAGAUAAUAAGAUUGUUGUAAAACAAGACAUCGAAAUGACAACCGCGGCAUUGGGAGGGGAGAUUGUCGUACCAACGGUAGAUGGUCAAAAUGUGAAGCUCAAGAUCAGGCAAGGUGUUCAAAACGGACGAAAAUUAACUAUUCCUGAAAAAGGUGUCCCGAUUAAUAGAAAUGUAAACAACAGGGGUGAUAUGGAAGUCAUUUUGAACGUAAAAACCCUUGUUCCAGAAACACCAGUACAGACGGCUUUAUUGGAAGCUUUGGCAGAUGCAUUUAAUGAUAAGAAUGCGAAGAGGACCGAUGCCCAUUGGAAAUUAGACCUAGACGAAGAUGAGACAAAAAUAGAUGAGACGUAUGAUGAGAAAGAUUUACAUCCUUCUAAAUUGAAGAGAAUUGGUAAGUUCUUGGGCAACUUUUUUAAUAUGAAAGAUGACUCCAAACACUAA